AUGGCUAGAAGAGAAGCUGUAGGAGAAGGCACGACUGGAAGCAGAACAAUGGGAGAAAACCAGAAAAGGAAGCUGAAAAAUGAAGCUAAUGCAGAACAAUGGGAGAUAGUUGAUGCAAUGGUCCGUUCUUGGAUCAUGAAUUCAAUAUCAAGUGAGAUCCAAGAAAAUUUCCAAGAAAUAGAAACAACUCAAGAGCUAUGGACUGAGAUAAAAGGUUGUUAUGAAAAGAAUAAUGGUCCUAGAAGAUUUGGAGUAAAAAAGGAAAUCACAAAUAUGAAACAGGGUUCUCUAACUCUAGAAAGGUAUUACUCCAAGAUCAAACUUUUAUGGGAUGAGUCAAAAGGGUUAAAAUCAACAUUCUAUUGUCAAGAUGAAAAAUGCAGAGAAGAUACUGCUCAAAAUGAUGAAGAUGACAAAUUGCUUCAAUUUAUGAUGGGACUCAAUGAUCGUUAUGAGCACAUCAUUGAUCAAAUCCUUGUUGCUAAUUCAUCUCCUACUGUUUAUAAAGCGUAUACUAUGCUUUUGAAUGUUGAGAUGAAACGAGAAAUUGAUGAAAAUAAAACAGAGAAUUUCAGUGCUCUCCACAUCAGAAAUGAAGAGAAUAAAAAUCUUGAUUUUGAUAAAAGUGUGGCUCUUGCUGUUGAAAAAAUAAUGACUACUAGUCAAGUAAGGAACAAUAAGGUUGGAACAGACAAAGGAAAAACUUCUCAAAAUCCUUACAAAAAUACAGUUUGCAAAUAUUGUGGAUUGAAGGGGCAUAUGCAAAAGGUUGUUUCAAUCUCAUUUGCUAUCUAUAAUGGUUUAAACAAUUAA